AUGGCCGGCUUAGUGGACUUCCAGGACGAAGAACAGGUGAAGGCUUUUCUGGAGAAUAUGGAAGUGGAAUGCAACUACCAGUGCUACCGCGAGAAGGACCCGGACGGUUGCUAUCGUCUGGUAGAUUACUUGGAAGGGAUCCAGAAGAAUUUUGAUGAGGCUGCCAAGGUGUUGAAAUUCAACUGUGAAGAGUACCAGCACAGUGAUAGCUGCUACAAACUGGGGUCUUAUUAUAUGUUAGGAAAAGGUGGACUGACCCAGGACCUGAAAGCUGCUUCUGAUUGCUUUUUGAUGGCUUGUGAGAAGCCCGGAAGGAAGUCUAUGGAGGCCUGUCAUAAUGUUGGUCUCCUGGCACAUGAUGGCCAGGUCAAUGAAGAUGGCCAACCUGACCUAGGGAAGGCCAGGGACUACUACACAAGGGCCUGUGAGGGCAAUUAUGCUGCCAGCUGCUUCAAUCUCAGUGCCAUGUUCCUCCAGGGCGCCCCUGGUUUCCCCAAGGACCUGAACCAGGCCUGCAGUUACUCAAUGAGAGCCUGUGACUUGGGCCAUGUUUGGGCCUGCGCCAAUGCUAGCCGCAUGUACAAAUUGGGGGAUGGUGUGGAUAAAGAUGAGGCCAAGGCCGAAGCGCUCAAAAAUCGGGCCAAGCAAUUGCAUAAAGACCAACACAUAAGCGUCCAACCCAUAACCUUUGGGUAG